UUCUACUCAAUUCGUCAUUAGUGAUCUUUUACGGUAUAGGGACAGGAGGUGGUAUGAUAUCCCUGGAACCAACGUUCGCCGAUCCAGUGCCUAAUCUAUCCGUGCCUUUAGGCAGAGACGCUAGCUUUCCUUGUGUGGUGGACUAUCUCAGAGAAUACAAAGUAGCGUGGAUAAAAGUGGAGACCAAAGCUAUUCUGUCGAUUCAUCAGCAUCUAAUCACACGGAACUACAGAAUAUCUGUCAGCUCUGUUGACAGUAGGCAGUUUGUGCUGCGUGUCAAGGACGUUCGGGAAUCAGAUCGGGGAGGAUACAUGUGUCAAGUUAACACAUUACCCAUGAUGAGUCAAACUGGAUAUUUGGAAAUCUUAGUUCCACCUCGUAUCAGUGAAGUAGAAAGUAGUUCUGACAUGACAACACAAGAGGGAGAUGACGUCACUUUGAAUUGUAAAGCCAAUGGGUAUCCUUUACCAAAUGUCACCUGGCGGAGAGAAGACGGUAAUCGAAUACCACUAACAUCUGUUAACGGGAAAAAGUUUGUAGUCACUUCUUAUUUUGGAGAGGAAUUAAAGAUUUCUCGUAUUAGCCGUCUUCACAUGGGAGCCUAUCUUUGUAUUGCUUCCAAUAGCGUACCGCCCUCUGUGAGCCGAAGAAUUGUAAUAGAUGUCGAAUUUCCUCCAGUGAUAUGGGUGCCCACACAAAUACUGGGUCGGCGAAUUGGUGAAGACGUUACUCUGGCCUGUCACAUAGAAGCCAAUCCUACUCCAGUUAAUACGUGGGUGAAAGAUUUCAGAACUAUUUCAACAAAUCCAAUCAAAUAUGAAACACAGAUUCAUAAACGCUCUUAUAAGCUACUGACAAAGUUGACCAUAAAAAGUCUACGAGUGUCAGACAUUGGCGUGUAUGGGUGUGUAGCAGAAAACAAACUCGGAAAGUUUGAAGGGAAAAUUAAAAUCUAUGACCUCCCACUCAAGGUGAAACAAGUCAUGAAUAACAUCGAUAUGGAAGAGCAUGAAGCUAACAUGAGAAGAAUUAAUUAUUCUACGAACACCCUUAUUUCCACCGACUUUCCCGUCAUUGAGCAAACCCAUAGAAAGGAGCCAAUAGCUGAUCCAGGUAAAAAAAAAAAAGCUUUUAUUAUAUGA